UAGACAUCAAAACUUGAUGUUUUAAUAGUGAAAUGUAAUUUAUUUUAUAAUUGUAACUAGUGUUGUUGAAUGCAUCACUGCAAUGAAAGCCGAUGGCGUACAUUGCAUCUGCCGAUGAUCGUAUAAAAGCGUCUAUUAGCGUUUACAUGUGCCUGAAAGAAAUGUCAGAACAAGAGGUACUUUAUGUACGUUCGAUUGUUCAUGUUUUGACAAUGUAAUACCGAUUGAAUUUUAACUAAAAUUUCGGUCGUAUAAAGUAGUGCGUGUGUGUAAUUAAGAGCCGUAGGAAAAUCAAUUGUAAUGUUGCGAACGAGUGCGGAGUUGGUUAGCUAGUUUGACAGCCGGCUGGCUUGUCAUAAGUGACUUACAGAUUGGCUCCCCAUAAAAAUGAACAGUCGCAAUAGUGUAAAUGAAACGAAUUUGGUGAAUUUCUCGGCUGAACUUUCCUCACUGAAUCAAUUGGACGCGAAAGAUAGGUUGCUGAGUUUUCCCUUUGACCACAUAUACGCGUGCCAUUCACAAAGCUCUGAUAGAAGACAGCCUCUGCAGCUCGACAAGGAGGUGGAGGUGUCGGCACAUUGUGUUGUGGGAGAGGAGAAGAGCAUCGCCACUGCCACUGAGAUCACGCAGCUGUCCGAGCAGCUCUGUGCUGCACAGAACCACAAUAAAAAACUAAAGGAUCUUUUAAUUUAUCACUUAGAUCUCAUCCAACAACAAAACGAACUUAUCACUAAAAGAGAGAAAUUGUAUCAAGCUUUAAAACAGGAGAAUGAUAAUCUAAAAGCGAAACUGAUUCGCAUGGAUAGACGGAUUGGCUUAAGCCAGCGCCACACUGUCAACCCUCUGCCACCGCCGACUUCAACUGUAACCUCAGCGACUAUUGUGAAGAACGAACCGGGGACAUCGCAGGUUCUGCUAAACAGUUUCACUGAGCUACUGUUGCCAGAUAAGGGAGGAUCUUUCCUUUUCGACAAGAACAAGCCGUUUACGCAGGAGACGUUCGGCAUUGCUCGCACAAGCUGCAAUCAAGAGACCUUCUCCCCCAAAGACAUUGUGGUGCCACCAGUGACAGACCCAACUGUGAAGUCCGAAUAUAAGAUGUUGGAGAACAAGCGUUCUAUAAAGAAAGAGGUGAAGUCCGAAAGAAGCUCGGAAGCACUUUAUACUGUGACAUCUAAUAGUGGCAACCCAGUGAUCCAAAGAAUACAGAGGAACAGGCGGCGGACGUCGUCUGGUAUCGGCAGCCUGAGCCGCCUGAGCCGCACGCCCAAAACUGAGAUACCUGAGACUGUUACAUCUAAAACCAUAGACCAAGACCAAAGCUUCGAUAGUGGUUUUAGUGUGAACAAGAAGUCUAAAACCAUCACAUACGGCAAAUCUCGGAGCUCGUCUUUAGCGAAGCGGGUGACACAAUACACUGGUUCCCUGUCAGACAGACUACGGCUCAUUGAUACUACACCGACUGGGGAUGACCCUUAUCAACUCGGUGAGGCCGACAUGAGAGAACAGUCCCCCAUCCCAAAGCUGAUGCUGCAGAAAACCAACCACGGACGUAUGAAGAUCUGCAGUGAUCCCGAUGGCAAGAAAGUCUAUGAUGCACCCGAACCAAAGAAGAGAUUCGUAUCACCAUACGACCAGAUUAAAAAGGAACCAGACGACAGCAAAACGGUUAUUAUAACUGAGCCUGAUUUGGAUCUGGUGAAAACUGAACCAGAAAUCGACUGGCGAAUUUACAAUAAUAAACAAGAGGAUUCUUCGAGCUUAUGUGAUUUCUCGUGCAGUGAGUCUACGAGUAAUCUAGCAUCGAUGCUACCUUCCUUCGAUGCGAAUGAGUUUCAAGAACUGUUUGGUGACACAGCAUUGACAUUGGAUAACUUGAAUGAUCUGGAAUUGGAGCCAACCGAGAAAGAUACUCCAGAGAAAACAAAGAAGAGAGGGGCUCGGACUACUAGUCUUGUUAACCCGGGAGAAGGUGAAGGCGCAAAAGGCAAACGCGGUACAGAGAGUCGACGGGGGCGAAAGCGAGCGUUCUCUGCGACCGGCGUGGGGAAGACUCCUAAGGCGCCACCCAAACCCAAGACGACUAAGGGAAAAACCGCAACCCGUGGCAAAAAGUCCCCUGUACCCGGUAUGAUGACAAACAAGCCCUACCACACGCUAUGCUGCGAUCCCGACGUGUCGUGGUACUUUGGGUUAGAUCCGAACCUUAAACUUGAAGAUAUAGACCCGCCGCCGGAUAGUCAGAUGUCAACUGUUGAGGUUCCGAGAUGGAGGGAGAAGCCGUACACGAGUACGUACACUAUGGAGGGGACGGAGGAUCUCGACGACAAAGUGUUUGAGAAACGACAUCAGAAACUCGAGGCUGAGGAAAGGCGGCAGUUGAGAUGGCACAUGCGCAGGAUAAGGGAGCAGCGGCACGUGGAGCGUCUCCGGCAGCGGCAGCGCGAGUGGUGCUCGCCGACGCCGGUGUACACGGUGUGGCCGACGCCGCAGACGGACGUGCGAUACAUCGAGAUCACCGACACGCUGCCGGUCGUCGCGUUCGGCGAGCCGGUGCCGGAUCUGCCGGAGGCGGAAUUCAUGUUGCCCUGGGUACGCACCUCGAAGGCUCAGAAGAGGUCUAAAAGAUCGAAAACCCUACACUAAACUAAUGCAGUAUUUAUUCGUUUUAAUUUGCUACAUUAUAGUGUUUAUCUGCCAAUAUAGUUUACAAGAGUCGAUGUGCCAGUGAUCUAUUUCAAAAGACUACUGAAUUUAGCUUAAAAUUAUUUUGCGCCUUGUAAAUAUUGUUUUGUAGAAUGUAGUGGUAUGUGUCGGUGUAAUUAAUGUAUCUAUUAAAUUAACAGAAAAACUACCAAAUACUUCAUCCAUUUCUAAACAGUCACUAGGGUAUAUUAGCGAUUAUAGUAGUUUACUCUCUUAGAAUGUAUUUUAUUUUUAUUUUUCAUAUUACUUUAAAUGUGUACAAAAUCUACAAAUGAAUAGGUUACAUUUUGCAUUUCGAGUAGUUUGCCAAUAAAUAAGUUCUGUUUAAGCAUUUUAUUGAUUCAUUAUGAAAUUUAUAUUAUUUUCUCAACCCGAGUAUUUUAUUGUAAAUAGGUAUUUAUUUGUAGAAACGAAUUCUAUAGAAUUAGCUGUAAAUUAGGAAUCUAUAUGUAUAGUUAGCGUUGAUAUUAUACAAGUAUUCUAUAAUAAAAACUCUUAGCUCAACACCACAUAUAAU